CCCUUCGCCGCUAUAUGUACUCUCUCGUAACUCACACUCUCUCACACUACCUUCUAAAACCCUCAAUCAGCCUUCUUAUCUGCCUCUCUCUCUAGACUAUACCUUCUCUCUCUACAAUCGUCAUGGCAACAUCUGGCAAAAAGAUCAAGAUCGGAAUCAACGGAUUCGGUAGAAUCGGACGAUUGGUUGCUAGGGUCGCUCUGCAGAGGAAUGAUGUUGAACUUGUCGCUGUCAACGAUCCCUUCAUCACCACCGACUACAUGACCUACAUGUUCAAGUACGACACAGUCCAUGGUCCAUGGAAGCAUCAUGAGCUCAAGGUCAAGGACUCCAAGACCCUUCUCUUCGGUGAGAAGCCCGUCACCGUUUUCGGGAUCAGGAACCCAGAGGAGAUCCCAUGGGGUGAGUCCGGUGCUGACUUCGUUGUUGAGUCUACCGGUGUUUUCACUGACAAGGAGAAAGCCGCUGCGCACAUCAAGGGAGGUGCAAAGAAGGUUAUCAUCUCUGCCCCCAGCAAGGAUGCUCCCAUGUUCGUUGUCGGUGUGAACGAGAAGGAAUACAAGCCAGACAUCCACAUUCUUUCCAAUGCUAGUUGCACCACCAACUGCCUUGCUCCCCUUGCCAAGGUUAUCAACGACAGGUUUGGAAUUGUUGAGGGUCUCAUGACCACAGUGCAUUCCAUCACUGCCACCCAAAAGACUGUUGAUGGUCCAUCACAGAAGGACUGGAGAGGUGGACGUGCUGCUUCCUUCAACAUCAUUCCUAGCAGCACUGGAGCUGCCAAGGCUGUCGGAAAGGUGCUCCCAGCACUUAACGGAAAAUUGACUGGAAUGGCUUUUCGUGUGCCCACUGUUGAUGUUUCAGUUGUUGACCUUACUGUCAGGCUUGAGAAGGCUGCAAGCUAUGACCAGAUCAAGGCUGCUAUCAAAGAGGAGUCUGAGGGCAAGCUGAAGGGUAUCUUGGGAUACACCGAAGAUGAUGUUGUGUCCACUGACUUCAUUGGUGACAGCAGGUCAAGCAUCUUUGAUGCCAAGGCUGGAAUUGCAUUGAACGAUAACUUUGUUAAGCUCGUCUCAUGGUACGACAAUGAGUGGGGUUACAGUUCCCGUGUGGUUGACUUGAUCGUGCACGUAGCGUCCACCUGCUAAAUCUAUAAUCCUUGAGGAUCCAAGGCUUUUAUUUUCCGUAGUGUUGAGUGUCUCUAGGCUUUUCAAGUGUUAUGGUUUGGAGUUCAGAAUAAGAAGUGUUAUCGUGCGUCCUCUCGGAGUUUUCUACUUUUUAUGCUUUAGACAUUGUCAGUUUUAUGAGUUCCUCCUCUCCUACCCUUUUUGCUGAUUAAAACGCUAAUAUGGCAUUUUGUACUCUAGUUUUUUGAAGUUUGAAUAUAAAGGCAAAAAUGAUGGGGUUGUCGUA